GCCCGAGUCCCGCGUCUGGACGGUGAUGUUGCUGCUGGGGACGUGCCUGCUGUACUGCGCCCGCGUCACCGUGCCCAUCUGCGCCGUCGCCCUGAGCACCCACUUCGACUGGGACAAGAAGCAGUCCGGCGUGGUGCUCAGCAGCUUCUUCUGGGGCUACUGCUUGACCCAGAUCAUCGGGGGACAUAUCAGUGACCAAAUAGGAGGUGAGAAAGUCCUCCUGCUCUCGGCAUCGGCCUGGGGCUUCCUCACGGUCCUCACCCCGCUGCUCACCCACAUCACUUCUGCCCAUCUCGUGUUUAUGACCUCCUCCAGGUUCCUCAUGGGGCUGCUGCAAGGGGUGUAUUUCCCGUCCCUGGCCAGCCUGCUGUCCCAGAAGGUCCGGGAGAGCGAGCGAGCCUUCACCUACAGCACAGUGGGGACCGGCUCACAGUUUGGGACGCUGGUGAUCGGCGGUGCAGGAUCUCUCCUCCUGGACUGGUACGGCUGGGAGAGCGUUUUCUACUUCUCCGGUUUGCUCACUUUGCUCUGGGUUUACUGCACCUGCAAGUACCUCCUGAGUGAGAAAGAACUCAUCAUCCCCAUAGACUAUUUAAUGAGAGGCCUCUCGAUAUCCAAGCAGACCAAAGUUCCCUGGAAGCAGCUGUUUAAGAAGGCACCGAUAUGGGCUGUCAUCAUCGCUCAGCUCUCUACGGCCAGCACGUUUUUCACUCUCCUCUCCUGGCUGCCAACUUUCUUCAAGGAAACUUUCCCGGGGUCAAAGGGCUGGGUGUUUAAUGUAGUCCCCUGGCUCGUCGCAAUUCCUACAAGCUUGUUCAGUGGAUUUCUCUCUGAUCAUUUAAUCAACCAGGGGUACAAAACCAUCACCGUUCGUAAGUUCAUGCAGGUCAUUGGCUCUGGCGUCUCAAGCAUUUUUGCUUUGUGCCUGGGCCAGACCUCCAGUUUUUGCAAAGCGAUAGUGUUCGCCUCCGCCUCUGUUGGGCUCCAGACCUUUAACCACAGUGGCAUUUCAGUCAACGUACAGGAUCUGGCCCCCUCGUGUGCUGGCUUGUUGUUCGGGGUUGGGAACACAGGUGGAGCCCUCCUAGGUGUGGUUUGCGUGUACUUGGCUGGCUACCUGAUCGAAACGACUGGCUCCUGGGUUUCUGUUUUCAACCUGGUGGCUGCUGUUAACAGCAUUGGCCUCUGUGCCUUCCUCGUGUUUGGAGAGGCCCAGAGGGUGGACACAGACUAUGCAUGUAUGGACCUCUAG